AUGACAGCUUCUCCAGGUUUCAGAACAGAGACUCCCGAGCAGGGAGUGGCCUCUCCUGCGGCUGCGCAGCUCUGCUAUGAGAACCUGAAUGGAUCCUGCGUCAGGACCCCCUACUCCCCAGGCCCCCGCCUGGCCCUGUACGCAGUUUUCGGUUUCGGAGCCGUGCUGGCUGUAUUCGGAAACCUCCUGGUGAUGAUUUCCAUCCUUCACUUCAAGCAGCUGCACUCUCCAGCCAACUUUCUCCUCGCCUCUCUGGCCUGCUCUGACUUCCUGGUGGGGGUCACUGUGAUGCCCUUCAGUAUGGUCAGGUCCGUGGAGAGCUGCUGGUACUUUGGGCGGACUUACUGUACGUUGCACUCUUGUUUCGAUGUGUCAUUCUGUUAUGCCUCCAUCUACCACUUGUGUUUUAUUUCUCUCGAUAGAUACAUUGCAGUCACGGACCCUCUGGUCUAUCCAACCUGGUGGUUCACUGCCUCUGUCUCUGGCAUGUGCAUUGCCUUCUCCUGGCUCCUGUCUGUUAUUUUUUCUUCUUCCCUUCUUGGCACAGGUGCAAAUGAAGCUGGGCUGGAGGAGCUAGUCAGUGCUCUCACCUGUGUGGGAGGCUGUCGGGUUGCAGUGAAUCAAAGUUGGGUACUGGUCAAUUUUCUAUUAUUUUUCAUUCCCACUUUGGUGAUGAUAAUGGUUUACUCCAAGAUUUUCCUCAUUGCUAAACAACAGGCUAGAAAGAUUGAAAGUCUGAGCAGUAAGACUUCGAGAUCGUCAGACAGCUACAGAGACAGAGUGUCCAAGAGGGAGAGAAAAGCAGCAAAGACCCUGGGAUUCGCCGUGACAGCGUUUCUGAUCUCAUGGCUGCCCUACUUCAUUGACUUGGUCAUCGAUGCCUUCCUAGGUUUCAUCACACCCACGUGUAUGUAUGAGAUACUGGUUUGGGUUGCUUACUAUAACUCAGCAAUGAACCCCUUGAUUUAUGCUUUCUUUUAUCCUUGGUUUCGAAAAGCCAUCCAACUCAUUGUCACUGGCAAAGUCUUGAGAGAGAAUUCCUCAACAAUAAAUUUAUUUUCUGGGUGA